UAUUAGCUAAUGGACUCCAUAUAAGUAGAGAUACUUCGUCUUUAAUUUUUCAACUCUUCCUUCUUACAGUUUUUCCAAUCAGUGAUCUUAAAAUGAGUGUUGAAUUUUCAGAAGACCCAAUUACCACAAAAAAGCGAUUGAAUCUGAACGACCGUCGAGCAAUUGCGGAGUGGCUUUUGAAAGAAAGCAGAGUUGGGAGAAAACGCAUACAAGUCGAUAUCAACCAAUUCAAAGAAAUUCCACUAUGUCGUCGAACAAAUAUUCGAUCUCUUUCUUUUGCAAUAAAUAUGGCAAAAUCAACAGUUUUUCGACGUGUGAAAGAAGGUGCAAUUAGGCCACACACCAACGCCAUCAAACCGCAUUUGACCGAAGAAAACAAAAAGGCGAGACUUCGAUUUUGCCUCUCAAUGAUUGAUCAGAGUACACUUCACUCAAAUCCCAUGUUUAUAGACAUGUUUAAUUAUAUCCAUAUCGAUGAAAAAUGGUUUUACUUAUCAAAAAAAUCUGAAAGGUAUUAUCUUCUUCCCGAAGAAGAAGAGUCUAAUCCGUAUCGUUCUUGCAAAAGUAAAACUUUUAUCACAAAAGUUAUGUUUAUGGCAGCUGUUCGAUUUUAUCGGUGA